AGGCUUCUCCAUCGAAAACGCGGCUCUUCUUUGUUUAGGUCCGCAUUUCUUGCAGCCGUCGCAGACUAAUGACGUCACGUUACCUUAGAAACAGGGGAGCAUCCUAUCCUUUGACCCAUGCUAGCUGCUAAUUCCUGCGACUCGCUGUCACUACUACCGUAACUUAUCGGUCAUUUUUUAUUUUAUGUUUUAAAAAAAAAUAAUAAUAAAGUUUUAUAUUUUUAUUUACAGUUUAACGCGACUAUAGACAACGGAGACUUUCGGCACGCGCUGGAACGAUAUCUAAAUGAAUGGCCUCGGCUAACUUUAAGCUAGCAGAUCAGCAUUGACAACAAUGGUUGUGACAGAGGAGGAGGAGGCUUUGAUAUCAGAGCUGAGGAGACGGCUGCAGAAGGAGGACCUGACCACGCAGGAGAAGAUCACGCUCCUGAACGACGGAUUGAACAACGCUCUGAACGUGGCCGCCAGGCAGCCACGCAGUGACGUCAAGUCUCGCCUCUAUGACAGCGGCGUCCUGAGGCAGUGCGCCCUCACCCUCGCCCUGCCUCCCAGCAGGCUGCGGGGCAGCUGGAGCGCCGCCGCCACACUUGCCCAUCUCACCAGCUGCUGCUGCGUCGGCGUGGAUCCGGGCCGCCGGUCCGAGGCCUUUCACAAACUCCUGCUGCCGUCGGUCAUGGACGGACUUCUGUCUCUGGCCAGUGUGCUGAUGGGUCGCCCCGAGCUCGCGCCUCACUUCCAGAAGGUGAUGGACUCGGUGGGCCGGCUGCUCUCGGCUCACGCUCACCUGACCGGUCAGGUUCUCAGCUCCAUCCAUUACGAGCAGAUCCAGAUGUGUGAGGACGCCGCUGUGUGUCUGCUCUGCGUGGAGCUGUGGAUUCAAAUCUGCACGCUCAGCAGGGACUUCCUCCCCAGCCUCACCGACGACUCCAUCCUGCUUCUGCUCAACGAAGCCGUCGGCCAGCUAGCUGUCAUCUCUGACCCGGGAGUAGGCGGGGCCUGCAUCAAACUGAUGCUCCUCAUGGCGAGCCAGCUGGGGCUUCGCUUCCGGCCCCUCCUCCUGAGCUUCAAAGGUCUGGACAGCCUUCUGCACAAAGACUGGAGGGGGCGGGGCUUUGACCAAGACGUAGAUCGACUUAUAGAGAUCAUCCAAUCAGAGAGGGACGUCAAAGAGUCUGAGGUGAGCAGUGAGCGUGUGCGGGCUGCGUGUGUGAUCCAGGCGGCCUGGAGGUCGUAUCGAACCCGCCGCCGAGUGAGGAGCCUCAACAGAGCUGUCAGAGCUCUGCAGAGGAGAUACAGGGCUCAGAGGAGGCAGCAGCAGCAGCAGAAGGAGGCACAGCAGUGGGAGGAGGAGCUCAAGUAUCAGGUGUGCGUGAGGCGUCAGCGGGCGAGGAGGGAGUUCCACCAGAAACAGAGGCGUCUGCUGCAGCUGCUUCCUCCUGACCAGGUGCAGGCGUACCUGCAGGAGUGUGAGCGUCGAGCGGCCGUGAAGAUCCAGAGCUUCUGGAGAGGCUUCAGAGACCGGCGGCGCUACAACAACACACUCAGAAAAACGCUGAGAGAGCGGCGUGCGCGUCAGCUAGCCGCCACGACGCUGCAGAGAGCGGUGCGGCGUUUUCUAGAAAAGCGUAGAAAUGCCAAAGCACAGCCUCCUGAGCUGCUGUGGAUUGGUCAGAAAGGUUUGACGGACAGUCGGAGGGCGGAGCUAAAGCAGCAGGUGGAGGAGUACAUCACUGCGCACAAAUCCUCACGUGUGUCUCCUGGAGAGUGUGCGGCGCUCCACGAGGAGGUGCAGCUGCUGCUCCAGGCAGAACUUCAGAAGGGAGCGCAGCGGAGGAGGGAGGAGCAGCGGGUGGAGGCGCUGCUGGCACAUACACACACCCAGCUGGAGACACUCAGAGAUUCCCCGCCCCUCAGUGUCGUCACGGAGACCAUAGCCGAGUCCUUCCUAAGCCCAGCUGCUGCGGUCGCGACUCGUGCCCGCCAGGCCCACAACGCCCGGUUGCAGGCGGACAGGCUGUCCUGGUGGAAGACCCUCGGAGAGACGAGCACCUUCAGCUCCGCCCACCUGCAGGAGCUGGAGGCGGAGCUUGAGGCGGAGCUUGGAGGACUGUAUAUUGGAGGGUCAGCCGUAGUCAGGAGGCAAACCGAGGUGGACGAAAGUGAAGCUGUUACGUAAGGAAGCUGAUCCUACUGGAAAGCUGCUCCCUGAAAUAAGAAAAAAUAUAUUUAUUAAUAAAAGACGUUUGAACCAAAGAACAAAA